AUGGUUAUUUUUGAUUUAGUUCGUAUCGAAUGUCCCACAUGUAUUGAUGAACAAACUUUGCCAUCACCAGAUACAUCGUCUUAUAAACUAUCAGAUGUAGGAGAAGAAGCAACAUUUGAUUAUAAAGGAACGCCAAUAACUAUUUCAGUUCAAUCGUUAAUCGAAAGUCAAGAACUUGGAAGUGGAAAUUUUGGAACUGUGAUGUUGACUGAAAUUAAAGAACAUCCACAAAUAAAAAUGGCUGUGAAACGGUUAAGUCUAACUCCAAGUCACAGUAAUCCAAAUGAUUAUACAGCCAAUACUGAUCUUAUAACAAUGCGUACAGUUGGUUCAGGUUUAAAUCCAUAUGUGACUAAGUUCUAUGCGCCAAUCAUUGAUCGUGAGGUUUGCCAAUUACUUAUUUGUAUGGAACUAUGUGAAACAUCAAUGGACAAGUUUUGUACUACAAUGCAUGCAAUGGACAAAACACAACAUCUUGAUUUAUUACUUAAACGGAUGAUUAAUCAUAUUGCCAAUGCACUUCUUUUUCUUAAAUCACAAAAUAUUCUUCAUCGAGAUGUUAAACCAUCAAAUAUCUUAUUAAAUCAGAAUCCUGUUAUAUUUAAACUUUGUGAUUUUGGUAUAUGUGGUCGAUUGGUUGAUUCAGUAACAGGUACACUAACGAAAGGAACACGAAUUUAUUUAGCGCCUGAACGAAUUGAUGGAAAUUUAUCACCUCAUGGAUAUGGUAUACGAUCAGAUAUGUGGGCCUUAGGUCUUUCAACUCUGGAAAUAGCUACGAAUAAACAUCCAUUUUUUCAAAUGAUAGAACCGGUUAUUUUGACUAAAAUUGAAACAUGGGUACCUGAACUACCAUCAAAUUUAUCAACAGAAUUACAACAACUUGUCGUGUGGUUACUAAAACGACAACAAGAAGAUCGACCACCAAAAUAUGAAAAUAUUUUAGUAUCAUCUGCCAUGCAAUCAUUACCUACAGAAAUAACUAAGGAAGAAGCAGACAUGGUAAAAAUUGUUAUUGAACAUAUACCUCAAUUAAAAAAUGCAAAUGUUCGAAUGUUUGGUGUUGAUAUUCUUAUGGAAAAAGAUGAAUCUGAUGGUUAUUUUCGAGCAGCUAUAGAUUUAGCUGAUGGAAUUUAUCAUUAUCAAUUUAAAAUUCAAACAAAAUCAUGGUUUGAACAAGACCCAGAACCUGCAUUACCCAAUUAUGAUGAUGAUGAUGAUUUCAAAGAUCUAUCUCCUGAAGAAAAACAAGAAAAAACUCAAGCUUAUGCUAGACUUCUUGAAGAAAUUCGAGAACGAAAUCGACAACGUGAAAACGAAGCGACAUUUACAGAAAUUUGGUACACUUUUGUUGAUCCAUAUGCAACUGAUGUUGAUGAACGUGGAAGUGGUAAAUAA